GCGUGCGUAGUUAAUGAGAAUGAGCCUCUGGCAGGCUAGGGAAGCCGCCGAAGGAGUAGGACGCGUGCGCAGGCCUGGGGGCUGUUGGGGGCGGGAGAACAACGCAGACUUCACCUUUGAUUCCCCCGUGGUUUAGAUGCUUGCUGAAUGUUUCCGGCUGGAGGCCGGUGCAAAAACAGGUCCUGCCGCACCGCCUCGUGUCCGCGAUGAGCACCUGGGCUUUGCUCCGUUUCCCUGCACCGCUGAUCAGGAUGUGUUCGGGGAACUGGGGACUCAGGCUUCAGGAGAAGCCAGCACUGCUCUUCCCAGGAAUGGCUGCUGCUGCGGUGCAGGUGGCAGGCAGGAAGGACUAUCCUGCUCUGCUUCCCCUGAAUGAGAGUGAGCUUGAAGAACAGUUUGUGAAAGGCCAUGGUCCAGGGGGCCAGGCCACCAACAAAACCAGCAACUGUGUAGUGCUCAAACAUGUGCCCUCCGGCAUUGUGGUCAAGUGCCACCAAACACGAUCAGUGGAUCAAAACAGAAAGAUAGCUCGGAAAAUCCUCCAGGAGAAAGUGGAUAUCUUCUACAAUGGCGAAAACAGCCGGGUCCACAAAGAAAAGCUGGAGGCUGAGAGGAAAAAGCAAGCGAGGAAGAAAAGAGCAAAGGAGACCCUAGAAAAAAAGAAGUUGUUGAAAGAACUAUGGGAAGCAAGUCAGCACGUCCCUGAGGAAAGAACUGGUGCUGAUGCUGUACCAGGGGGCUUUCGGAAAUAACGGUGGAAAUGCCUGGCACCGGUGUUGGCGCAUCUAAAGAAAGUGUCCUGGAGGCGGGAGUGGUGGUGCACACUGCGGUCUCGGCACUCGGGAGGGCCAGGGCUUGAGCAGAAGCACUUGUCCCACAAGUGAGUUUGAUUCUCAAAAUCCACAUAAGGGUGGAAGGUCAGAACUGACUCCAGAGUCCUCUGACUUGCUGAUGUAAGCUAUUCCCUGUGUGCCCACACUUGUCACACACAAAAAUGAACAAGCAAAGCCAGGCGGUGGUGGCGCACGCCUUUAAUCCCAGCACUCGGGAGGCAGAGGCAGGCGGAUCUCUGUGAGUUCGAGACCAGCCUGGUCUACAAGAGCUAGUUCCAGGACAGGCUCCAAAAACCACAGAGAAACCCUGUCUCGAUAAACAAAAACAAAAAAAAAAUGAACAAGCAAUACAAGGUUAAGAUAAAAACAGUUUGAAAGAGUACUGAUAUUAGUUAACCCCGCCGGGCGGUGGUGGCGCACGCCUUUAAUCCCAGCACUUGGGAGACAGAGGCAGGCGGAUCUCUGUGAGUUCGAGACCAGCCUGGUCUACAGAGCUAGUUCCAGGACAGGCUCCAAAACCACAGAGAAACCCUGUCUCGAAAAAUCAAAAAAAAAAAAAAAAAGAUAUUAGUUAACCCCACUUUUAUGGCAAGUUGAACCAAACAAUAGCACUUAGUGGUAUCUUGUCAACUCCAGGGGCAUUGCUGAGCCGCCUUAAGGUAUAAUUUAGCCUUAGUUUUGGGUAAAGAGUAGUAAAGAAAAUGAACCAUCAGUGAAGUGGCACUAAGUUACCUGCUGUGCUUGCUGGUUUUAACAAUUCACACAAGCUAGCAUCACCAGGGAAGUUUUAGUGAGAAAUUAUCUGUAUUGUUAACUAAGUCAGAAAACCUAGCUCAUUGUGGUCAGCAUCAUUCCCUAAGCAGGAAUCCAGAAUACAAGAAAGCUAGCUAAGAAAAGCAAGCAAUGAUGCUUUUACUCUCUUGACUGGAUGUGGUAUACUACUGGAGUUCCUACCCUGACUUCCCCAAGAUGACUUACUGUAACUUGAAAUAGCAAGCUAAAUAAAUUCUUCUUUCAUAA